AUAUAUUUGCACAGACAUCAACAAUGACAAUAACUGAACAGCUAUUAGAAAUUAAUUUCGCUUACCGUUUGAUUUUUUCCCCUUUCUUAGAUCGGCCAGUUUUGAUCACUCACCUAUUAGGCUGAAGUAUCGCCCACGUUGUGGACCAAAACUCAGCUCAAUGUUGGGAGUUACUUGAAUGAUCUGCAAUUAAGGCUGUGUUCACACUUGGUGCCGGAGCACUAGUGCCUGGCACUUGCACAAAAUAACGGUGCGUUCAGACACUGGGUACUCACAAGUACCCAAGUACCAUUUAAGUGCCCGAGUACAAGGUUGAGACCUUGUACCCAAGCUCUGGCACUGUGCCUGAAUUCUGGUGUGAGUAUGAUUAAAGAUUAAAGAUUAAAGAAAAAAGGUUUGUUCACAUUAGUACACAGCAAGAAUGGGUUCUCUGGCACCGUGCUCGGCCAUCAAGUGUGAACGUAGCCUAAGACACACUCUGACACAUAUGCUGCCGGAGCUUCUCCCGGUUUAAACGUUUCUGUAGAAGUGAAUCUAGAAGGGUAGUGAGUAGUGCUGCUCCCUCCAUAACUACUGGUCGGUUCUCAUUGAAACUCGUGGCUGAGUGAGUGUUACUGUGGGCAAUGACCCGCCUGGGUAGUGUUCGAACCCGCGAGUCACUAGAUCUAGAGUCAUUUUGUGACUGGCUUACCCAAGUAAAUCUGUAACAGGAAGAUAGCAGAAAAAACAACAAUAAAACCAGUCUCUAUUACAAUAAUGGCAAAGAUCUAAGCAAUCUUCAUUAUUCCUGCCAAUACCGGUAUAAAGGAUCUAUUUACGUAGCUUUGAACAUUUAUUUAAGUACUGAGUGAAGUUUGCUUCUUCCUUAGAAAAAUGUGUAAUUUCCUCUCUCUUUAACCAAGACAUGCUCUUUACUCUGAAUAAUUCGAUGCGCUUCUGAUUAAGGGAAAACUAGCCUGCGUGAUAAGCAGUGGACACCGCCGGGACUGAUUAAAAGAGCGACACGUCCCACAGCAUCGCAAGUCGGGGAAAACAUAAUGCUCAGUGAUUUGGAAAGUUUGAAUAGAACUUAUGCAAAUUUGUUGGUUCAUGACAGUGAAUUGAUUGAAAAAUUUGAUUGCUUCACUAGUCAGAUGGAACGAUUCAAUUAUGGCAAAGAGAGCUGUGAGCUCUGUAUGCUUACUUUUCUAGGACGUUAGCAGUUACAAAAGCGCCACGACUGUGUCGCGUAAUUAAUUGGAACAUGUCGGAAUCCAGCAAAAGCCAAACAACAGCUCUGUCAGUAGCUAACGACUGUGAUGGGAUUAAACUCAACAACGGACAGGAACGCGAGCGACUGCGCACAAUCACAGCGUUUUUCAUUUUUGGAACUUUGAUUUACGCAACAUAUUCCUUAGUCAUCGUUGGUGCUCAAGAUAUUCUAGCGGGAACGUCAAUUCCAACUUCUAUAUCUCUCAUCGCAUUGGUUACACCGGGUUUUCUUGUUACUUUAAUCGCGCCUUAUUUCAUGCAUAACAUUCCGUAUAUUGCUCGCAUAAUGACGUUUUGUUGUACGGGAAUCGGUGGUUUUCUCAUGCUAGUGUUUGCCAAGCAAGUUCAUUGGAAAUUAAUCGGAGUUGGGAUUGUGUCGUUUGGAAGCAAUUUUAGUGAAAUCACUAUUUUGGCUCUCUCGUCGUUUUAUCACGAAGCAACGUCGACAGCCUUUUCUGCCGGAACGGGGGUAGGAUAUUUGAUAGCUCCCUUAUAUUAUACAGCCAUGACAACUUGGGCCUGUGUUUCACCAAGUGUAACAAUUUUAAUCAUGGCGACCAUGUUGCUUCUGGGCUUUGUCUGCUACUACGUCAUGGACAAGAAGCAUUUAGAGUCUCCCAGUCCUGCAACGGAUGAACAUGCCGGAGUAGAGUACAGUGUCCUUAAUACUCAAGAUGAUGGAUGUCAGAACUCCAAAAGAGACGACAACAACAGCGUGGAAUCAACAGAGGAGAACAGCAAUGAUGUUGGCUCUCUCUCUUGUCAAAAGAUAUUUAUGAUCAUUCGUCAGAUGCUGCCUGGUCUGAUAUCGAUUUAUACUGCAUUUUUCUCGGAAUAUAUGAUCAUUCAAUCCGUCGUUACAACACUAGCUUUUCCCCACGCUCCCUUCAAACCACGUGACCACUAUCAGUAUUACAUCUUUGUUCUCAUGGGGGGUGAGGUGGUGGGAAGGUCAUAUCUUGUGGCAUUGUCCUAUGUCAAACCAGAAUGGGCAGAAGAAGCUAAAUUCCCAUAUCUUUGGGUUCCCUCGACAAUAGAAGCCACGCUUCUUCUGUUCUUCGUCCUGGCGGCCUGGUACCGAUUUUUACUGAGUGUGUGGAUCGUUUUGCUGCUGGUAUUUGCCAGUGGUGCAGUGGUUGGUGUUACCUAUGUUAAUGCAGUAACGUACUUUAGGGAUAGCUUCAAGGACCGUGAUAAGGAGUUCGCCAUGGGGUUCUUCCUUGUGGCCAUAACUGGGGGCGUUUUUGCUUCUGCUUUGUUAGGCCUUUACGUUGAGCCUAUCUUACGCGAGCACUGCACAAUGUUUACAAACAACAGCGACUUUUGCUUUACAAGAUCAAAGUCCUUAGAUCGUUUUACUUCAACAUGUACUAAAAUAACCUGAUUAACUGAUUAAAAAGCCGUUGUCACGUACAUACAAUUGUUUGUCAUUUGCUAUUAUUUUUCUACUGAACUAGACUCGUCAGGACUGAGUAUCACCUCAACUCGAGACAAGUAGAAAUCAUUGUGGUCUUGUGUUAUCCCUCCCGGGUGAGGUUGGUCCUUCAAAGGAACUUGUUUGGUUGCGAUCGAUUUUGACAAACUAAGCGGAAAUCAUCUUUAGAAUGAAAAUCUUUUUCUCCGCGUUGUGACAAUUAUCAUAAUUUGCGUUACUUAAUGAUUGAGUCAAUAAAUUAAUCAUAUUCCCUCAUUUAUGAACUCUCACUAACAGGCCAUUUUCCAAGUUCUGUUUCAAAACGAGUCAUGACUCACUCGAUCAUUUUGAGACAGAGGAAGAAGACGAUUUGGAAAGUACUUAUUGCACGGCUGGCGCUACUUGAAAAUUUUGGCCACGUCCACACCACGCCGGAGGAAUUAAAAAACUCAACAAU